AUGAGCGAUAUCAGGUAUGCACCUCCCGCUGGCAGUGAUUUGGUCGUCAUCAAGGAGCUCCUGGAAAGCUGUCAGCUGCCAACAAAAGAUCUGACAGAAUCCCACUUGACAAGCUUUCUCGUGGCUACUACCAAUGACAAUGGCAUCAUCGGCGUUGUUGGUCUUGAGGUAUUUCCUCCAUCGCCCCACGCCUUGCUGCGAUCAUUGGCAGUCAAGGACUCACAUCGAGGUCAAGGAAUUGCAACAGCCCUCUACAAUCAAAUGGAAAAAGUUGCUCGAGAAACUCAUGGAAUAAAGCAUUUAUACCUGCUGACCACUACUGCCGCUGACUACUUCCGCAGCAGACAAGGCUUUCAACGCGUAGAGAGGAAAGCUGCGCCGAAUGUUAUUCAAGCCACAGCAGAAUUCAGUGCCAUUUGUCCAUGUUCGGCCGUAUGCCUAAGAAAGGACUUGUCGUAG